AUGGCAGAGUACAUACAGGAUACUUACAGGGGUAAAUAUAAGAGUAAAACUAUUUUUCUUUCUUUAAUUUUGACAGAAGACCUCCUUAUCGUCUACGAGACUGAAGCAAAGCAGUGGGCAUCCUACCUUCAGUCAGCUUUCACUGGUCCAGUCUCGGAGGAUGGGAUCUGUUGUUACGACAUCACCACGGUGUCCAGUCAAAGAGACGACUCCCUCAGGCUGUCCCGCUACAGCUGCAAGCUGUUGAUCCUCACCAGGGGAAUGCUGGAGGGCGUUUGCCAGCUGCGGCGUUCCUUCUUGUCCCGCGUGUUGAGUCCUGCAGGUCGGGUUGUGGUGCUGCUGUGCGGGGUGGACAGCAUGACCCCCCUGCUCAACCUGGUGCCCCUGAACACAGACGAGUGCCUGCAGAUCUCCAGUGAACAAGAUGCUCCUGACUACAUGUCCAGCGUGAUUAGCAUCAUAAGAAAAGGUGCAUUAGCCACAGCGGGAAAUGUCAACCACUUGACUUGUAAACCAUCUGGACCAGUGCAGAAGGCUAAGCAGAUGCAGUCGUCUGGAGCAGACAGGGUCAGAACCAACGUUGUGGUCAUUCCCUCAAGAGUUCCCUGCGGGAGCGCCGCUGAGGUGUUCGUUCUUCUGAAAGACGAGGCGGCUGCCGGCGACUGUGAGGUGGAGUUCGGCGAUGGCGAUCAGGUGGUGAGAGUGAAGCCUGUUCGGUGGAACGAGCUCGUCCUAUGCGUCAGUGCACCAGACUUCCCUGCAGGGAAUGUGAGCGUGACUGUCUACAGUGGUGGAAAGUCAAUGAGAAGUACACAGUUGCAGUACUACACAAGUAUGGAGGAACUCAAUCGUCUACUGUCAAGGGUGGCCGAUCCUGUACAGUUCAUGUGUCAGGCUCUUAAGGUUUCAUCUGUGGACAAGCUGGAUCAGAAGCUGUCCUCCAUGCUGCUGGAGGGCAUGCCCACAGGAGGCUUUCAGGAACUGCAGAGUGAAAACACACAUGAACGAGAGCUCCACCAUGCAGACGUGCCCUCGCUCCUUCACUUUGCUGCUCGAUAUGGACUCAGAUGCUUCUCUGGCCUGCUUCUACAGUGCCCCGGUGCAGAGCGGGCUCUGCACACAGCCAGUCGCCACGGACAGACUCCCGCCGAGGUUGCCAAAAGUCACGGCCAUAUAGAGCUUUACGUCCUGCUGAAAGAGACACUGAAGAUGUUCAGCUCUGGUGAGGACAAUAUCGAUGCCAGCGUGUACGAAAUGAUGUGCAACGCAGGUGCAAACACACAGCAGCAGCAAGGUGAGGAGGAAGAGGCUGAGGAAGAUGAUCUCUACACACUGCUGGGGGAGAACGAUGAAUCAAACCCAAAUCAGAACUCAAAGAAAGCUGUGGUCAUCGCCAAUCGCCCGCCGGCACCAACACCCAGGCCUGAGAGCAAACAGGCGAAACCUAGCAAAACCUCCUACAUAGCCCAAGUGUUUCAGAAGAAGAAACCAAAGGAGGCCCCUGGUGUGUUUUCACUUCACUCAAAAGCAGGACAUAAGCGAGAAGGCAGCAUCACCUCCACCUACGACACGUUUGUACCGAACCGGAUGCCCGGGCUGGAGCGGCUCGUCGAGCUGCAGCAGAGGGUGAAGACCGGCUCCCUCACCGUGGACGAGGCUGCCGACCACUUCAGGGACUGGCAGCGGGUUCAGAAGGGUGUGGACACCAAGAAGGAGGAGAACCAGAGUCUGCUGAGAGCCACUGUUGUUGACGACAGCGCCUACGAUAAAAUCAUCAACAUGCACCAGACGCCAAGUGAGUGUUUCAAGUCUCUCAGAGGAAACUUUACUAAUGUCCGGACUCAUUUAUUUAACUUUUAUUUAACAAUUUUCUGUUCAUUCUGUAAAAUCUCCCCACCUCUGGGCAUUACAGUGAAUCAAAGUCAGAGAGGAACCCAACCACCGGACUCUGAAUUUUACAGCAAACCACUCAGAGGGCAACAGAUCUUUCAGAAAGCUGACAAAUGA